AUGGCUGUGGGGCGGCUCUCCCAGGAGGCCCGUCCCUCCAUGGCCAUGAGCGACGAGGUGGUUCACACAGCCAGCCUCGGGGCCCCUCGCCUGCUGCUGUCAAGUCCCCAGUGCUCUGGUCCCGAGGUGCUCUGGCUUCCAGGUUCCACCAGCCGGGGUGUGCAGAGUGAUGGGGCCCAGAGCCAGAAAACUAAUGGUCCCACCUGGAAUGGGCCUGGAGAGGAAAGCCAGAUUAUCCUCCUUCCGCCUGGCUGGCAGAGUUACUUGUCUCCUCAGGUCAGCAUUACCUAUGUCAACACGACCACCAAUGAGACCACCUGGGAACGCCCCAGCAGUUCUUCUGGGAUUCCAGCCAGCCCUGGCCCUCACAGGAGCUCUCUGCCUCCGACAGUGAAUGGAUACCACGCGGCAGGGACCCCAGCGCACCCUCCUGAGACUGCCCACAUGAGUGUCCGAAAAUCCACCGGUGAUUCCCAGAACCUGGGAUCCUCGUCACCAGGCAAAAAGCAGAACAAGGAGAACACCAUCACGAUAAACUGCGUGACGUUUCCUCAUCCGGACACGAUGCCAGAGCAGCAACUGCUGAAACCUACAGAGUGGAGCUAUUGUGACUACUUCUGGGCUGAUAAGAAGGACCCCCAAGGCAACGGCACCAUGGCUGGGUUUGAAUUGCUCCUUCAGAAACAACUAAAGGGCAAACAGAUGCAGAAGGAAAUGUCAGAAUUCAUCCGGGAGAGGAUAAAGAUUGAAGAGGAGUAUGCGAAGAACUUAGCUAAGCUCUCUCAGAACUCCUUGGCUGCACAGGAGGAAGGGUGACUUCACAGCGAGGUCGAGAAGCCCCUGAUGAACUUCCGGGAGAACUUUAAGAAGGACAUGAAAAAGUGUGAACACCACAUCACCGACCUCCGUAAGCAGCUUGCCAGCCGUCACGCCGCAGUGGAGAAGGCCCGGAAGGCCCUCACGGAGAGGCAGAGAGACCUGGAGAUAAAGACCCAGCAGCUGGAGAUCAAGCUGAGCAACAAGACAGAGGAGGAUAUCAAGAAGGCGCGGAGGAAGUCCACACAGGCUGGAGAUGACCUCAUGCGCUGCGUGGAUCUCUACAACCAGGCCCAGUCCAAGUGGUUUGAAGAGAUGGUGACCACCACACUGGAGCUAGAGCGGCUGGAGGCGGAGAGGGUAGAGAUGAUUCGACAGCAUCUAUGCCAGUACACACAGCUGCGGCACGAGACAGACAUGUUCAACCAAAGCACAGUCGAGCCUGUGGACCAACUGCUUCGGAAAGUGGACCCAGCCAAAGACAGGGAGCUGUGGGUCAGAGAGCACAAGACAGGCAACAUCCGCCCCGUGGACAUGGAGAUUUAGAUGGGCAUGCACGGCCCCGGGGGUCCUGCCGAGGAGAGGGGCCGGGGGGUCCCAUGGAGAGCAGGUGGCCAGGGGGCCGCUGCUGGGUGCAGCUGUCCUCCCGCCCACUGUCCGGGUCUGCUGAGCUGGUGAUUCCAGAAAGGCGGCCCCGCCGGGAGCUGCCCGUGUCCCCAGGCCAAGAAGACCGAUCCACAGCCCUGCCCUUGUCUCCGAGGCUGAAGCCCCCCGAUUCCUGUCCUGUGCUUGCUGCUCCGAGAACAGACUGAGGCUGGAACUUUAUGGUCCCUGCUGCACCCUGUAGGGGUCACGUCCCCACCCAGAGCUGGCUGCGUCGCACGCUUGUGUCCCCAGAAGCCCCAAGGCCCUGCCUCCGGCUGUGUCGCGGGCUUUGGAGGGUCCAUGAUUCCGACCCUCAUCCUGGGUUGGAGAAAGGUCCCUGUCUCCAACCCAGGAUGAGGGUCGGAAUCAUGGAUAGAAGGCACCGUUCAGCUCAACAGCCCGCACCCAGAACCUCUUGCGGCCCGCCCUCUUAGUUUUUUUUCCCCCCGUUGCAUUCUGGGAACCCACAUCCUGGCUCUUCCUUUGCCACUUUUCAUCGUCUGGGGUCUUGGGAAUAAGGCCUGGUUCCUCUCUACCCAGACUGACCCUGCCUGGAGAGGUCAGGACGGAACUACCUCAUUCAGCACAUCGGCCCCAAGUCAGAGUGUUGAGUCGUGUUUUAUAUUCGGUCAGGCAUCUCCUGUCAGGUCUCUGGGGCUGGAAACCUUCCUCCAACCCAGCCCUUGGUUGUUUCCUCAAGGAAGCUCCCUCCCCCACCCCCUCCCGGGCUCUUACUGGGGCUGGGUCGGUCCCCUGUGGGAGAUGGGUUGGGAUGGGUCUUUGCCACCCCCAGAAGAGGGCUCCCCCUGCUUGUGCGUGGGGGGUGGGGGGGUGACUCUCCAACCCCCCCCCCCCAACCCCCAUGAGGCUUUCCCUCCCUGGUGGACACCGUGCGGGCAUGGCAGACGGUCCUGGCUUCCAGGCAGUGUCCUGUCACCUUGACCUCCGCUUCUGCACAAUCCAGAGCCCUGCUUGGUGCUGGUGCCCCCUUCCCCUUUUGCCACCCCUCCCCCCCGAAUUCCUGGGAAAGCCGGGUUAGUGCGUGACUUGGGAAGCUUUCAGCCCGUCCCAUUGGGUCCUCGCUCAUCAGUCUCUCCCUUUAUAGAAACACGGCAAACAACCUUGUGCAGCAUCUAACCCUGAGAAUUGGCUCCAGGGGACCCGUAGAAGUGCCCCCUGAAGGUGGGCGUGGUCACACGGCCAGCAGGGGGCAGAGUCUAGCCCAGAACCCGUGCCCUGAGAGCCCAUCCUUCUUAGUUCAUCUUUCCCUUCGAUUACUUUGGACGUGCAGGGUCCAUACCCCACCCCCCCCCACCCCCCAACACACACAAGGUCAUGAUUCUAAGAGCACAACUCGCUGGUCCCUGGGUCUCACGUGCCGGGAGUUGAUGACUUCGAGUCUUUCGGCCCCUCUUUCACUGAUUCAGAAUUACCGCCUCACAGCUUCUAGUAGAAAGAUGCUGAGUAUUCUAGAGCAAGCCAGACGUUGUCACUUUUCUUCUUGAACCGUCCCCGACCCAGAAAGAUCAGCGUAAGAGCCUUCCCCAGCACGAGAGUGUGAGAAUGGGUGCGUCCCUGCCACGGAGGACCACAGCUUCCAGAUCUGGGGUUGGCGCCCAUGACACCAGCGACCAAUUUUAGGAUGUUAUUUCUGGGUUUCUCUAUUCAAAAUGGGUGCUCCAGGUAUCGCUUUGUGGCUUAGUAAACUAAUUUGUGGGUGAUUUUCAAAUGUUCAAAGCCAGUAAGUAGCCUUGUUACUAACACAU